AUGGAAUCGUUGAAUGAAUAUGUAUUAUAAUUUAUUGAAUAAUAACGAUGCCAUCGUCAUCCAUUGGAGAGGGCAAAAAUGAUAAAAUUGAAAUGUAAUUUUCGUGAUUCAUUUAUUUGCACAUAAUGUAUAGAGAUUGAUAGUCAUCUAUAAAUGAUGUCCAUAAAACGAGCCUCAGAUUUAUUAACUAAUUUCAUUAUGUUUGAGUGGAAAUAACCAUAAUAAAAGACUCAAUCGAUAAAAGAUAAAUUACAAUAAUUUACAGAUGUGUUCAAUAAUCUGUUACAAUAAUUGGAGACCCAGAUUAAUGAGCGAGAUUAAAAAUCAUAGAAUUUACAAAAGAAUUAUUUCUAGAAGCUGAAUGAAAUAGAAAGAUUAAUAAGACAUCUCACUACUGAUUCUUAGGCUGAUAAAAAAAUAAAAGAUGUAAACCAAAUGGAAAGACAAGUCUAAUUGUCUGAUAAUCUUAAAUCAUCACUACUUUUAUUACUGUAAAAUGAUGAAUUGUUAUCAACAUGCAAUCAAAAAGAACACACUUUUUUUAAUUAAAGAUUAGAGAAGAGACUUAACAUUUUGGAAGACACACUCUAAGAUAUGACUGCAUAAAUACAAUAAUAAAUGGAAGAAUUCAAUCAUAAUAUAUAGAAUAUUUCAAUGUCUCGUAAACUGUCAAAUGCUGAACCUUUUAUGGGAACCUAAUCAAUCUUGGCAUCUCCAACAAUGAAUGCAAGUCCAAGUCAAAGAUAGCUAUUUUUAUCGACUUUCAGCAGUCAAUUGUCUAAGACUUUUCUCAAUCCAUUUACAUUUAAAUAAGUGCAUUCUUAAUUCAAAUUAAUCAGUCCAACCAGAUUACUUGUACCUCCAAAUACUGGCAAUAAAACAAAUAAAACCAGAUUAGCCUUGAUAGGACCUCGUUUGUAAGAAGGGCCUCUUAAACCACCGAAAUCAAUCACAUUUAGUAUCUAGCAAUAAAUAUUAUAAACAUUUUAAAUAGGAGUAUGUGAGACUGGAUCAGUUGAAUUAGAUCCCACAAAACCUCACAAAUUGUUUUUGGCUUCUAAAUUCCCCUUUUUCAAUAGGGGAGAUCAGCUUACCCUAACAGUGAAUCCUGCCACUGGUUUAAUCCAAUUAGUGAAGAAUAAGGCAUUUAAUUAGCCAGUUCAAGCUGAGCUGUAAAUUGAUUGUUGGACUAAUAUGGUCUUUGUGGUGGCAUCUUCAGAUUGUGGAGGUUCAGGAGAGAUACACAUAAUAUACGAUGAAUGA